AUGGAUGUAGCCCUCCUGGAUGUGAAUGAAUCUGCAGGGAAGAGUUUGGAGGAAGCUCUCAACAAACAGUACGGACAACAGAGAACUCUGUUCCUCAACUGUAAGGCUGCCUCCACCGGCGCGGGCUACGGUAUACGGUUCAACGCCCUUUGUCCAGCUUUCGUCCAAACUGACCUCUUCUCCAACAUUUAUGACAGAAUGGGACAAUUUUCCCAGCUGGCUGCUGAGACACGAGUGUUUGUGGACAAAGGGGUGUUGAAUCCGUCUGAGGUAGCGGAGGGCCUCCUCGAGCUGGUGACCAACGAGACGAAGAAUGGAGAGGCCUUCAUGGUGAAAUGCAACGUAAAGAAAUACAUGACGUUUCCUGAUUUAAGCUAG